AUGUAUGCCACUGCAAAAGAAACAGCCAAGGAACUAAAUCUACCAUUCCGAGUAACUAAUGUGUAUGCACCGCAAAGAUUCAUGAGCAGCAGUUAUCUUAGCCUCAAACGCCUAGAAAUCAGUUAUGAAGCCUAUGUGGAAACAUUUCGAGAUCAUCGUGAUGAACAAGAGAUGCGCUACAAACUUUGCGGGGCUGAUUUCGUAUUUGAUUUGUGUGGUCUUUUAGAUCUUCUGUGGCCAAUUGUUAUCCUCAUGCUCAAAGCACAACUUCAGUGGUGUCCAGGUUGGAAAUUUCCAGCUUAUGUGAAAGCAGCCAUCGCCCAAAUAGAGCUAUUUUCUUCCGAGGUUCUGAAGCCGAACCCAAGCAAGAAAGCUAGUCCAAGGCUUAACAAGCAUGCCAAAGAUAUUCGUAGAAACAGAUUCAAGUCUGUUGAACUUGAACCAGGGUGGAUCAUCGUCGGACGGGAGGCAAAUGGUGACUUUAAAUGGAUCGCCAGAGAUAUAGAAGAUUGCCAGAAAGACCUUAAAGAGCUUGCAGACGGAAUCAAGAGAUAAUUACAAGAUCGGUUCAAGACAGGUUUUCUAUUACAGCUUGUAAUAUUAUAUAAUUUUAUAUUAAUGUCCUUCCGUUUUCAACAGUUCAUCUCAUCCAAUAUGAACUAAAUUUUCUGCAACCUUUUUGAUGUUAUAUGUAAAAAUCUAGUUAUCUACUGGCUGACCGACAGAAAUUAUACUAUAUGAUAUUCGUUUACGUUUGUGCCAAGAAUGUUUCAGACUUCCAGAAAAUCUCUUGAUACAAAUGUUGAAUUUAAUAUACAUUUAUUAUAUUAUUACAGGUUUUCCAAAGCUCAACGAAUCCCUCCACAAAUGUUUGGACUUUGGCAUACAGUUCGACGCACUUUGUGGUCAGCGUGCUACGCAGCAUGAAGUACCCGUUAAUAAGGCAACGUUUGCUGAACUUGGAGCCCAAGAGUUCAAGAAAUGUGUUGCAUUUGUGGCACUACUCCCGCACGUGAAAAAUAAGAAUCUGGCACUAUGUGAAGAGCUGAGUAGCUCAAUCUACUGGCGACUUAAAGAGAUGCUAAUCGAUGUUGUUUGGGGUGAAUCCUUCCUUUCUAUGUUUCCGAAGUUUUUCAAGGCAGCCUUACAGAAAUUCAUCUAA